UCAGAGUGCAUUGGCAUGGGAAACCGUCAUAUUCCCACAAAGUGUUCAGUUAUUGGAAAAGUUGAUUCUCCAGGUCCAGCUCAUGAACAUCCUGUCAUUUCAUCUAAGGCCUCAUUUCGGUAUCCAGCUGGAAUUGGUGUCCUUAUCAUUGAUCCAGGGAAAAAUGAAAUAGCCUUUGUMUGUGAUAAAGGGAACUCAUGUAUUAGGUUUGUUAAAGGUAUCCACUCUUUUCAUGGUGAUAAAUUUGUUGGAAAACUGAAGCUGCAUUGUACACCAGAAAACUGGAAGCCAGAGGGCUUAACUGUAGUAGGCAGCACAAGGAUUGCUGUGUCUGAGGCCUCUUGUGUAUAUUUAAUUUCUAUGGAUGAUACCCUUACUGCUGGUCAGUUAAUCAAGAUCAUUGAAAAUCUCCAAAGUCCCCGUGGCCUUUGUUUAAGUUUGAAUAAAUCAUCAGAAUCUAUUUACGUAGCUGAUCUUCACACAUUAAAAGAGGUWGACAUUGAAAGAAAGACAGCAAAAGUUGUGGCAGAUGGCUUUCAGAUGGCAUUUGAUGUGGCAAUAUCUAACAGCACUGAAGUCAUUGGUGUUUCUGAUGUCCAAUCAAAUAAGAUCAUUCUUUUAAAGUCCACUGGUGAUGAAAGAUUGACUCCACUAACUUGUGUGGGUAGUGGUAUAUCAGGAUGCAUGGAUGGUCCAGCUUCAAAAGCACAACUCUCAGAACCCACAGGUGUGUGUUUUGAUAUGGACACAAUAUUGUUUUGUUCUUUUGGUGGGAAAGAUAAUGGUUACAUACGUCUCUUUACAACCCUAAAAUUUGCCUGUGAAUUUAUGGAAAACAUCAGGAAUAUUUAUGAUGCUAUUGGCUUCCUUCACAAGAAAGAGCAGAACCGUGUUGCAAGAACUGGUCAGAAACGCUUCAUUUCCUUUGUUGAUGGUGUCCAGUUACUCACUGACUCUCUUAACUUCUUGGAAAAGCUGAUAUCUGAUAGAAAGACCUAUUUAAACAUCUCACCAGCUGGCCCAGAAGGCACUAUGUAUCAUAUAUCUGUGAAAGGGUUUUCAGAGACAGUGUCUGCAUUAAAAAAACAUGUGCAAGGACUUGAGUUGUGUGGUUUUGGAGAGGUUUUAUCAUCUUUAAGGUUGCAGGSCUUUACCAAUGAGUCAAGAAAAGAACAUGGGUUUGCUAAACAUAAACAGUCUGGGCAAUACAGACACCCUACCAAACAGCAGUAUUGUCAUGCCAAAGGGUCUUACGAAGUGGAAUUAAUUAAGAAGACAUGCAAAACGCCACAUGCUUAUCAUACAAACACCUUUAGUGCGUACCAGCCUUGCCACAGCUCAUCUCUUCCAUCCGUAGAAACUGUCACACUGUACAAGAAGUGGAGCAAAGAGCUCAACCCUGAAGUUAUUGAAGCCACUUCAAUGACAGAUGACGAUAAAGAGAAAAUGAGAAUCGCAAGAAUGUUAAACGAUCUAACCAAAGCCAGACCCACCCAAAAUAUCAGAGAUCUAUACAGAGGAAAAUGUGGAUAUGGCCCAAAAGUAAUUUUUCAAAAAGACGCUGUCUUACAAGCUGGAAAUGGGACUAUGCGUCAAUAUCCAUCCUUUUCAGAGCUAAUGGCAUCAUUGGUUAUACAACGAAGACAAAGGAUGGAAGAUGAAAUUGAAGAGCAUGUAAGRCCCAAUGAUUAUCUGUUUGUGCCAGGGGAUAUUGUUGCUGUUAAUCCUGGUCUGGAAAAUGGCGUAGAGAGUGGAGACAAAUGGUGGUUGCUGCAGAUCAACAAAGCCCACCCACUGAGCAAGAACAAAAGUGGAUGUCAUGUGUUUGGUUUUUGGCUCAAUGAAGCACAAGGAACGGRUGACCAUAGGCGAURCUUUUCACUGGCAUCUUCAUCCUCCAAGAUUUACUUUGGCAGCAUCAUCAAAGUCAACAAUGUUCCUCUGGUAAUCCCUGUUGAAAUGCUAAUUUCUGGGUGGAAAGAUGGCUCAGUGAUUUAUUCCUUUGAAGAAGAAUACUGUGUUCACCUCGACCAGUCAUCUGUCAAAUACCGUCAGAUUCUUAACAAUGAUAUUGAAGGCCAAGAAAGUGGUGAGGAUGACAAUACGGAAAGUGACCAGGAUAGUGAUGAGGAUGCAGGACCCCAUUCAAUUGACCAUGAACUAACUCUUAACAUGAUUUGUAGUGAACGACGACGGAUCAUCAGAAAUCCUGAUGGCCAAAUACUGUCAUCGUAUAAAGAUUUAUACAAAUCCAACACAAGAUCAAGAAAAAAAACAAAGAAAACUGAAGAGGUACUUCUAAAUGAAGCAGAGAGAGAAAGCCCUGAAUUUGAAGAUGAAGUGUGAAUUAUUUCACUAUUUCUUAGUGACAGAUAAUGUCUUUUGUUUCAUUUGUUUUGUCAUUCAAAUCAAACUGAUCGUUAUUGAAAUAUAAUACAUUUGAAUGACCAUAACAAUUAUUGUUACCAAAAAAAAAACCAAGGCAUUAUGGUUUUUCACAAGUAGAGAAUUGUCUUAUAAACUGUGGUAAAAUAAGAAAUUUUAAAUAGUUUAAUUGAUAAUAAUUAUUGAUUGAAAGUUUAAAGUUAUUGUUCUAGUUUUGAAUCAUCAAUUUGCUAUCUGAGAAUUUAUAGCAAUUAUCAUUUUGUGAAGAACAAAUCACAGCA